AUUGUGGGAUCCCUGUAGAAAUAAUUGAAAAUACCAAAUGGAAUGUACAGGAAUGGGAAGUUCCUGCUGCUGAUUGUAAGGAACUCCGUGAGAAUGGUCACACUGAUUCCGGUGUAUACGAGAUUUACCCUUAUGGUGCCGAUUCCGAUUCAGUCCCAGCCUACUGUGACAUGGAAACAAUGGGAGGAGGCUGGACAGUAAUACAAAAACGAGUAGAUGGAUCCCUGAGCUUUUACCAGAACUGGACGUGGUACAAGACAGGUUUCGGUACACCGGAAGAGAAUGAUUGGAUUGGAAAUGACGUAAUUCAUCAGUUGACAAGGGGAAACAACUCGUCUCUUUAUGUCUCCAUCACUCUCCAGAAUGGUACAAGUCUGUACGAGUUGUACGAAAAGUUCGCCAUAUCUGACGAAACAGAGAAGUAUAAACUUUUUCUGGCGGGACCUACAGCGGGCACACUAGGUGACAGUAUGCUGAACACCGGGGAUGGAACACGUGACUUGUCUGGGAUGUAUUUCUCUACUCACGACAGAGACAACGACAAAUUCAGUUAUAUAAACUGUGCUGCUUAUGGAGGAGGCUGGUGGUUCAAAGCGUGUUACCGCGCCUUCCUGAACGGUCCCUGGUAUUCAGAUAGUUGGAAGUGGCCUUGGUAUCCUUCUGUUGAAUCCGGGUCCUCUAUCAAAAGGACACUGAUGAUGAUCAGGCGGCAUAAAUAGAUGAUGGUUAGAAAGGACUUCAGAAAGGCUUGCGGAACUAUUCCCAUGAAAGAGAUCUUGUACAUCUGGACUGAGAC